AAACUGUUAACAGACUUUGUUAUAGAAACAAGGUGAUCCUGGCCCCCAUGGUGCGAGUUGGUACCUUACCGAUGAGAUUACUUGCACUGGACUAUGGAGCAGAUAUUGUAUACUGUGAGAUGCUGUUUGGCCUUUUCUGAUGUCCUUGAAAUUGUUGGUUUAAUAAUUUCUGUCGAAGCAGACUAUAAUCGAAACCUGAAAACUGUGGAAUUGAUUGACUUGAAAAUGAUACAGUGCAAAAGAAUCGUGAAUGAGAUGCUGGACACCAUAGAUUAUGUUGCAACAGAUGAGCGAGUCAUUUUUAGGACUUGUGAAAGAGAAAAGAAUCAUGUUGUCUUCCAAAUGGGCACAGCUGAUCCUCAGAGAGCGCUUACAGUCGCACAGCUUGUAGAAAAUGAUGUAGCUGGAAUAGAUGUGAAUAUGGGCUGUCCGAAAGAAUAUUCUACCAAGGGUGGUAUGGGAGUAGCACUGUUGUCCAACCCUGACAAAAUUGAAGCUAUCUUAUCCACUCUCGUCAAAGGAAUUUCAAAGCCAGUGACCUGCAAAAUUCGAAUUUUGCCGUCUCUAGAGGACACCAUUAACCUUGUGAAACGUAUUGAAAGAACAGGGGUUGCAGCUGUGGCAGUGCAUGGAAGGAGAAAAGAAGAGAGACCACAACAUCCUGUGCACUGCGAUGUAAUUAAAGCCAUCUCUGAAGCUGUGUCCAUCCCUGUGAUAGCAAAUGGAGGAUCUCAGGAGAUCAUCAAAGAAUAUUCAGGCAUUGAAGAAUUUCAGCGGGUCACAAAUGCGUCUUCAGUCAUGGUAGCUCGUGCAGCCAUGUGGAACCCUUCCGUCUUCAGAAAAGAUGGAUUGUUACCAACGGAGACUGUUCUAAAGGAAUAUAUAACAUAUGCAAUUAAAUAUGACAGUCAUUACACAAAUACUAAAUACUGUCUGUGCCAAAUGUUAAGAGAGAAGUUAGAAUCAGCUCAAGGGAAGAAGUUGCAUGCUGCACAAUCGAAUAAAGAGAUCUGUGAGGCGUUUGAAAUGGAUGUGUAUUAUAAAGAAGCCAAGGCUUGCAUGGAAGCCAAGAGGGACAUGUUAAACACAAUAAAUCAAGAGAAAUCCGAACAUUUGCCUGGAGAUAAUGGAUCACCUGAUACCAUACAAAUGGCAGUCAGGUUCAACAAGCGUGAAUACCCACCUCAAAUCACACCCAAAAUGAUACUACUUGAGUGGUGUCGGAAACAGAAGCUUCCUCAGCCAGUCUAUGUCACAGUACAGAGACCUUCAGACAGAUUAUUUAAUUCAGUCGUGACUGUAGCAAACAAACACUACAGCAGUUCCUGUUGGGAUAAGACAAAGAAGGUAGUGGAACAAUCCUCAGCUAUAGUGUGUCUGCGAUCUCUUGGACUCUCUGAGGGAAGAUUGUGUGAUGGAGAAAAUCCAUUGAAGUGUAAGCGAAAAAGGGAUGAGGAAAUCGCCAAUGGCACAGAAACUACCGGUCUCCCAUCUCUGAACACAAAUAAAAGAAAACAGUCCAUCACAGACGAAAACAAAACGAAGGACAUCAUGCUGUGAUGCAAUAAAUGGAGUUGUAUGAGGUGGCGUGUACAAUUCGGAAGGUUAUUUAUAAAGACUUUUAUCCAGCUCAUACUCCAUCUUUGCUUUUCUUAUGGCCAAUCUUCAAUCAGCUCCAUAGAUAUUGCAUACUGUUUUAAUGUGGUGGCCACAUGCCUUGGGAGGAAGGCAGUGCCUGGAUGUGCUGGAGAAACUGCAGAGAGAAAUCUAGUGUUUGUUUUCUUUCCCGAUUGGUUUCUGCCUUAUACAAAUUGCUGCAUAGUUUUCAACCCACUUACCCCACCAAGUCAUGUAAUCUAAUACCCUUUAGAUGUGGCUUCGUUUCUACACAGGCCGUUCUGUGCCUUGACUUACGACCUGGAAAUUUUUGUGAAACAUAUAAUCUUACUCUUAGCUGUUGUAUCAAACACAGACUUUUCUGAAAUGUCAUUACCUCCCCCACUCCUCGGGUUUAUUUCGGUGACUUUCCGAAAUGUAUGAGCAUUCCCAAAAAAGUAUGUAGAUGAACAUUCUCCCUCCUGGGUUUUAUGGAUAUUAAGAAAUGACUGAUAGUCAGUUCCUGGUCCUACAGUGUCACCAUUUCUGUUUAUUCCUUUUGUUUAGUUUGUCUUCUCCGUCACAUUGUUACUUUUCAAUUCCCGAUUUUCUCUCCACUUCCCUCUGUCUCUUUUCUUUCUUCAGUUGUUCACUCACUACAGCCUCGCUGUAAUUUACAGAGCUGCACCCAUCAUUCCUAAGGCAUUGAUUUUCCAUGACGACUUAUAUUUCCUGCCUCUGAUGAGAAUUCCUUAAUGCUAGUUCCUUUAUUAUUUGAAUUCUCGCUAUAGUUUGAAUACAGCCUAAAAUGUGCGACUGUGUUGGAAUUCCAGUGUUUUGUAGGUAACUAUAGGAAUUUUAUUGCACCAUUAAGUCCAUAUUGUCUGAGAGUUCUUUCUCCAACACAUUUAUUUUCUGUAUAUGAUCCAGUUAUGAAUCUGUGUACAGACUAGAACUUUGUGUUGCUCCUGUACCUUACGCUGUUAUUGUCUAAUAUGGCUUGCACAUGAAAUGACAGUAAGGCUGUUGUUCUGUUUACAUUGAGAAAGAAUUCUCACCUUACCUAUAGAAAGUUGAGGGGCUUCACCACACUAUCUUCCAACUCCCAUGAUCCUCUUUUCCUUCAUUCUUUUGAAGGUAAUUCAAAAGUGAAAUUUUGAAAGUGAAUUCUGCAAACUUGUACUCCUAUUGGGGAAACUGCCAGACAGGGAUCACAGUGUGGCCACUGAAUCACUGGAUCCCUGAUUCAAUAGCCUGUGAACAUCAAGUCACCACUGUGACCAUGGGUGCAUGGAAUUUGAUCUUGCAUCUCUGAACAAUUCUGUAACUGAAAAUACUGGAGUGCCUUGGUGUUGAAACUGUGCUAAGUGUUUCCUAUUCCUAAUAAUGUUGGUGACUGAAGGAUGUGACUUUCUGCCAACAUUAAGUUUAUAGAUAGUCAAUUCUAAUCCAUUCACUGUGGUUACAUAGCUUCAACAAGUGUUGCGUCAACUUCAGUAAGUCACUAAUCUUAAUGAUCAAUCUGCUUUCAUUUUCACUGGAGCAUGCUACUGGGUGACUGAAGAAGCCUGUCUGUUUCUGAUGGGAAACCCUUCAUAAGAUGCAUAUCAGGGUGCUAUGAUAAACAUAAGGGCCUGAUUACAUAUUUAAUCGUGUUGAUGGGUUCCCACAAAAUUACAGGAGGCUGCUAUCAGCCUGGGUCCCUCUGCUCACCCUCUCUCAUAGCUUCAGUCCACACCUUUCCCAGGAUCAUCGUUCACCAUUGCCUCCCCCAGUCUGAAAACAGUGUACUACCUCGGGCCUGCCCCAGGACAUUUUCUGUCAAAUUUCUCAUUGAGCUGAUUUUUUUUUUAACCACCUUCAGUCUUUUUCCAUUUUUCAUUCAAAUUACUUUUUAGGCAUUUUAAUGACAGCAGAUUUUAACAUGAUAUGUAAGUGAUGGAGGCCCACUCAUAACUUGUAGAAAUGACUGUGUUGAAGAGCUUUCUGGCAUGAGUCCAACAGUUAUUUUGCAGUUUUAAUUGAAAUAUUUUGUCUAAAAUGAUUACAGAAAGAACAUUAUGCAUUUUUUCAAGGUCUCAGCACCCAAGUAAACUGUUGGAUAAAAACUUGAAUUCGUUAUUGACUGUCAAAUAUUAAUUAUUUAUGAUAGAUAAAAUCGUAUUAACUUCUGUGAAGUAAGUUUGACUUCCACGUAAGGCAGGAUAUUGGCAUUGUCCCAAGAACUGGCACGGGAGGAAGCCAUUGAAAAUAUGCAUCAUUGAAAAACUUGUCCCUAGAAUUGAGUUGGCUUUGACCAGACAUCCCUCUGACCUCGAUCCAGUCUUGCGCAAGUUAAUAUAAUUCAAGGGAAAUCCUUCCCUGUUCCAAAGUGGCAGCUUGCCCCCAUUGAUUAACCUGGAAGCUAGGCCAACUCUUACGUCCUGUGUGGAGUUGAAGUAAUUGCUGUGGAGACAGGAUAAGGCCUCUAUGCGGUUGUGAAUUGACCACUGCAGGUCAUCAAACAUUCGCAAGGUGGAAAAGUUGAACUUGGGCUUUCCUGUCCAGAAUUUACUUCCUGUAAUGACAGGAAAGCAGCAGGAAUCUUCCUGAAGCCCUCCUGUCUAAUUAUCUUCCCCUCUUGCCACAUUUCCCUUCACUUUUUUUGUUAGGAGAAAAUACCACACAAACUGUGCGGGACUCAAAAGUACUGUAGCACCUUUGAUAUCUUGGAUAGUCACGUGCUGAAGUGAUAUUGGGGUGGUGGGGAAACUCCUGACCCAUAUUAUUGUUAUCCUCACCUAUUGGAUGGCAUUUAUAAUUGAAUGAACAAGUGAUCAAGUGCAGAGUUGAAUUAAUUUGCAUGCCUUUGCAACUGGACUUGCCAUUAAUUUAUAAGAAUCUGCUUAGUUGGCUCCAAAUAUAUUGUAAAUGUAUAUUAUAUGCUGUGAGUCAUAAUAAAAUCUUGGAAAUUAAACCAGG